AGUUUCUUCAGAUCCGAAGAAAAAGGUAAGAAAUAUUAAUAUAUCCUUUUGAUUCAACAACAAAAGCAAAAAGUAAGAGUCAUAGGUUACAGUAAUAAAACUCUUCAGGUGAAAUUAAGGACAAAGGAGAGAGAAAACAAAAAGGACUUUUGGCAGAGGACGGUUUGGAGAGAGAAACAAGAAAGAUUUUGCUUUCUGUAUAUAGAGUGGGAGUUGAGUGUAAGCAUGGAAGAAAAGCUAGAAGUGAAAGUGUAAUUUUGCCUCUUGGUUGAUUAUUUCUUUUUUUCAUCUUAAAUUUUCCGUAAAUUCAUGAUUUGCUUUGAGUUUUUAUUUGAAAAGUUGAGUACUUUUGGGUGAGAAGUGGAAGAGCAGAGAAUCUGGAGGAGGGUUUUCAAUUUUUUGUAGAGAAGAGUUCAUUUUGUCCAUGUAGUCUUAGUUUCUUGGAAAAGAUUUUGUGGGCUUCUUGCACUGAGAUGAAGAGUUUUUAGCAGAGCGGUCAGAUUGAAGAAAACGGGAUUUUCUGGGUUCCGUACAAGGAUCAUUUGUUUUCAGACAAUUGGGAUUCUGAUUUUCCAAGAUUAGGAGUUUGGUUUUCUAGGAAAAAUGUGUUUUUUGGUGUUCCUUCAGAUGGGAUUGUUUGCCUGCCGGUGACAAUUACUCAUUUACUUAUUAUGUCUGCAAGAGAGGACACGGACUGAAUUCUGGGUUUUGAUUGUUGUGGUGUAAAAUUCUUGGUUCCAAUGAUUACCUUUAUAGAAUCCAAAGGGAAAAUGAAAGAAACAGAGAAAUGUUUGGAUUCUCAUUUGUGGCAUGCCUGCGCGGGUAGCAUGGUGCAAAUGCCGCCGGUAAAUUCUAAGGUGUUUUACUUUCCUCAAGGUCAUUUAGAGCAUGCUUGUGUGAAAGUUGAUAUUGGGAAUUAUCCUACUUUUCCAUCUUAUAUACCCUGUAAAGUAUCUGCGGUUAAGUUCAUGGCAGAUCCUGAGACUGAUGAGGUUUUUGUGAAAAUUCGAUUGGUCCCGAUUGCUGGGAAUGAAGUUGAUUUUGAUAAUGAUGGGGCUAUUAGGCUCAAUGGUACUGAGAAUCAAGACAAGCCAACGUCGUUUGCAAAGACGUUAACUCAGUCGGAUGCAAACAAUGGUGGAGGAUUUUCAGUGCCUAGGUAUUGUGCUGAGACAAUUUUUCCUCGGCUAGACUACUCUGCAGAUCCUCCGGUUCAGACUAUUCUUGCAAAGGAUGUUCAUGGGGAGAUUUGGAAAUUCAGGCAUAUUUACAGAGGGACACCGAGGCGGCAUCUCUUGACAACUGGAUGGAGUAAUUUCGUAAACCAUAAGAAGCUUGUGGCAGGUGAUUCAAUUGUGUUUCUGAGGGCAGAAAACGGCGAUCUUUGUGUUGAAAUCAGACGUGCAAAGAGGGGAAUUGGUGGCGAACCUGAAAUGUCAUUGGGGUGGAGUCAAAUAGGUGGCAAAGGCAUUGUGCCAUGUGGAGGAUUUCAAGCACUUCUGAGUAAGAAGGAGAGCAAUUUGACUAGAAACAGGAACGAAAAUGAGGGCGGGAGUUUGAUAAGCAGGGGACAGGUGAAGGCAGAAGACGUGAUUGAAGCUGCAACUCUUGCUGCCAGUGGACAACCCUUUGAUGUGGUUUACUAUCCUCGAGCUAGCACUCCCGAGUUCUGUGUAAAGGCCUCUCUCGUAAAGGCAGCAAUGCAAAUACAUUGGUGCUCAGGGAUGAGGUUCAAGAUGGCCUUUGAGACGGAGGAUUCAUCGCGUAUAAGUUGGUUCAUGGGAACCAUAUCAUCAGUCCAAGUUAUUGAUCCCAUUCGAUGGCCUAAUUCGCCUUGGAGGCUUCUCCAGGUGAGAUGGGAUGAGCCUGAUUUACUUCAAAAUGUGAAACGCGUGAGCCCAUGGCUGGUGGAAUUAGUAUCAAACAUGCCCACCAUCGAUCUCUCACCUUUCUCACCUCCACAUAAGAAAUUGAGACUCCAGCAGAAUCCAGAUUUCCCUCUAGACGGACAACUUCCUUUGCCAGCAUUUUGCGGCAACCACGUUCGUAGGUCUGGCAACCACUUGGGUUGUCUUGCCGACAAGACUCCUGCUGGCAUGCAGGGAGCCAGGCAUGCUCAAUAUGGUUUAUCAUUAUCAGAUCUCAACCUCAUUACACUGCAAUCAGGUUUGUUUCCUGUUGGUUUUCUGCCUCGCGAUGGAGCUUCCGUAUCUAGUGGAGACCCCAAUUCCGUCACCCUCAAGCCUGGCAGUAAUGAAAAUACUACUAGUCUUCUAACCAUGGGAAAUUCAGCUCAGGGAUCAAGAGAAAAAUCCCAUAAUGAGAAGUCAGCCCCAUUUUUGCUUUUUGGUCAGCCAAUAAUUGUCAAGAAACAGAGUAGCUCCAGCGACACUGUCUCCACCAUCCCUGCUGACAAUAAUUCUUCCGAUUGCAAUGCUGAUAGAAUUGGAAAUACUUGUGAUAGAUCCAUUUCCACUUUUCAUCGGAGUGAUGUCCCCGAGCGCUCUUCUUGUGAAGUAUUUCAAUCGGAACUAAGGUUAGAGAUUGAGCACUGCAAAGUUUUCAUGGAAUCCAAGGACGUGGGCCGGACUCUUGAUCUUUCUCUGCUCGGUUCCUAUGAAGAGCUGCACAGGAAAUUGACAGACAUGUUCGGGAAUGAAAUUUCGGAAACUCCGAAUCAUGUCCACUAUCGAGACACCGCAGGAGUAGUCCGGCAACUUGGUGACGAACCAUUUAGUAACUUCAUGAAAACGGCGAGAAGGUUGACAAUUGUUGCUGAUUCAAGCAGUGACAACGUAGGUGCUUAGAUCCGUGUUCUAACCGUAAUGUUGAGUUUGGAAUUUGUUCCUUGUUGGGAACAUGACAGAAUGAAAUUUUGUCCUUGGGAUCCAACAUAAAUUUAGGAAUAUGUUUGGGAUAUCUAAUGUUGGUUGUUUUUCUAGUGUUUGUGCAGGCAAUUAAUCCCCAUAAUCAACAAACAGUUGAAACAUUAUUAAUAGUUUUAUGUUUGGAACAAAAGUCAUAUGGUUACUAUCU